CGAGAACUCGAAAGUAGACCAAAUACCCUAAUUCUGGUUUAGUUUGGUUCUACAAGUAACUAUGAUUUUUAGGAUGUGUUCGGCUGGCUUAGGCCUGUAACCAAUUUAAUGGGAAAUGGAGAAAAAAAACCUGAUCGAAUACCUUGUUCGGUUCUAUUCUAGUUUUUUCAUGGCCCGGUCCGAUUCUACCUGAUGAAAUGCUUAUUAGAUACAUCCAAAAAAUAACCUUUUACAAUUUCAUUCUUUUUCUGAUUCAAAUUCGAUUCAAUUACUAUCCAGAUUCGGGAUCGUAGAAAAUGGCCUAUGCAUCCCAAAUUCGCUAUUGGCAUUUCAUACUAUAACUUGUGAGAAAUUUUGCUGAAACUAGUUUUCUAAUCUCUCCUCUGUGCACUCUCUACACGUUCGCUUUUUCUCGCCUUCUAUGGCCGUGGAAGGAGGAGGAACGCUAUCGGAGCUGUAUCAGAGCUCAAGGCGAUUGCUGUUGAAAACUAGAGAUGGCUUGGAACGCCUUGAACGUCUCGAAUUCUCGUCUUCAGCAGGUUCCGUCGAUUCUCCGGAGCUUGCAGUUGCCGUCCGGAGAGAUAUCUCUCAAAUUCAAACCCUUUGUUCCGAUAUGGAUGGACUCUGGCGAUCCGUUGGUUCCAAGCCUCAGCGUGAUCUCUGGAAAAGAAAAGUGGAGCAAAUAGCUGAAGAGGCUGAUUCUUUCAAGGAAAGUUUAGAUAGGUAUUUUCAACGUCAACAGAAAAGGAUUCAAGAAGCUCAAGAGAGAGCAGAAUUGCUUGGAAGAGCUAACGGUGAAUCAUCUCAUGUUUUGAGAAUUUUUGAUGAGGAAGCACAAGCAAUGCAGUCUGCACGUAACUCAUCUCGCAUGUUGGAAGAAGCAACUGCAACUGGAACAGCCAUUCUUGCUAAAUACUCUGAACAAAGGGAUCGACUAAAGAGAGCUCAACGGAAAGCAUUGGAUGUGCUGAAUACAUUGGGGCUAUCGAAUACAGUAUUGAGGGUAAUUGAGAGGCGGAAUCGAGUUGAUCAAAGGAUCAAGUUGUCUUCUGGCUUCCCAAUCCGGGUUUAUUCAGAGGAACCGAUGGAUAUUGGAUCUACUAGAACCGAGGCUGUCCCAUGUAGUGAAUGUAGUUUGGUUUGGCCUUGGUCUGACGUUCAUUUGUUCAUGGCUAAAAUGUAUUAUGACACUAACCACUUACCGAUUGUCAAUGUGGAGCUAACCUACUUGGUAGAGACUUUGCUUUAG